UUACGACUUUGCCAUUUAGUUGCAAUUGCUGUUUGGUGCAACUGAUGCCAAGCAAUUUAGCUUCUCUGCCUACCUCUACUACUAAUACUUUCCUCCUCUUUUCUACGCCUUCCUCUUUGAUUCUUCGGAGGCCAUUUGGAGAUCUCGUCAUGGCUGCUUCUGUUGCUGGAUCCAACGUCAUUGCCUUCAGAUCCGCCGGAAGCUCUGCCAAUUUUGGAAGUUCCGGUGACCGGGGAGUCCCUCAGGUCCAUCAAUGGUCUCCGAUUACUAGUGGAAUUGGACAAUUGCAGUCUCCCACUGUCCUCCAGUUUAGAUCAAGGAGUUCAUUUGCUCCUUCUGGCUGGCUGCUGCUGAAGCAACAAGGGCCGAGGCCACACAGAAGCUGGAAGCGCCUGUUGUUGUAGUGACCGGAGCUUCUAGAGGUAUUGAUAAAGCAAUUGCAUUGUCCAUGGCAAGGACAGGAUGUAAGGUUAGUACAGUUUCCUUUUUUUGAAAAAAAAAAAAAAAAAAAAAACUGCAUAAUGCAUUAAUCAAGCAAUGUCUUUAGUACAAACAGGUUCGAAAGAUUCAUAAGCAAGUUCCGUGCAUAAAAAAGAAAUAAAAUAAAUCAAUUAGUUUAAUUAAGAUACAAGUUUCCUAGUUUUCUAGUUGGAUUGGAUUAGGAAAUGAAGUUUAAUUUGCGGUAGGAAAAAUCUAUUGAGGUAAUUAUGAGGUAAAUAUAUAUUCAGACAACCCUUUUUGGGAAGAAAUUAAAUCCUUGUAAGGGAAGGAUAUCUACCUAUCAAAUCCUUACAGGAGAAGGAUACGUAUUUGAAACAAUAUAUAAACAUGCAAUAGGCUGAUGAAAAAUAAUAAACCCAUUCUCGUUCUCGUUACUUACACAUCCUCCGUUAGAUCUGAGCUCUCGCACCCAUUAAUGAAAAAUCUAAACCCAACGAAACGUAUAACCAAGCGCAGAAGAAAGAAUUAUCAUCAACGUUUCAAGUAUGUUCCUAAAGAACUUCUGACGGAAAUUCUUGCUCAAGUUGCCUCCUCAUCGGUCACUGAUUUUGUCAAUGCCAGAGCAUGUUGCAAGGAGUUUCUUGAAGCUGCAUCAGAAGAUUACGUUUUUGAGCAUGUAACAAUGGAUUCCUUCCCUGUCAUUCUUUGGAAGAUCAACCAUGGUGUCUCUUCUUUCUUAGAGAGAUGCAAGAAGAGUGGAAAUCCAGAAGCCUUAUUUAGACAAGGAAUGAUUGAUUACUUUAGCACUUCGAAUUAUGAUUCUGGACUCAAAAUGUUAGAGAGAGCAGCUAGCAAAGGGCAUGCACAAGCUAUAUAUGUAUAUGGGAUUAUACUUGUGUGCUAUGAUGGUGAACUUAGAAACAAAGGAGUGAAGCUACUUUCUGAUUUGAAGAGAUCAAAAUCAAGCUUGGUUAUAACAGAAUGUAGAAAGAAGGUGCAAAAUAUUACUUGGAGCAUGUGGUUGAACAAUUACAUAGUUGGAAUUGGACCAGCCGAAGAAGAAGAGUACAUGAAGAAGAGAAAAACCUGCAGCUACUGUAAUUCUAAAUUAGCACUGUGUUCUUUUACUAAUGAUCAGACUAAAAAUAGUGCAGGAUGGACAUCUUCUGAUGAAGUUUUUGAAGAUGACCCUUUCUCAUGUGAUUCUUGUUUAUGGGAUCUCGAAGCAAUUCUUUUUUGUAAGAUGUUAAGAACCGGAAGCUAUAGACCUUGAGGAUUCUUUUGAAAAAUAUAUAUUAUUGAUGAAAAGUAAAAUAAUAGCCAUUGCUCGCUUGGUAUA